ACGAAGCUCAACACAUACAAAGCAAAGCGUCUGUCUACCGCUUGGCCUUUGGCUGCUCAAAACAAUUAAGCUCAGUUUGAUUUAAAUAUUGAACGUGUAAACAACUGCAAGUGUGCUCUAUCUGAACUAAAACAAAAUGGCAAACAAAACACUUAUUUUCACUCUAUUUGCUUUGAGUUUGGUGGUUAUGUCCUUGGCUGCUGGCGAUUGUCCUUCGUCGACCAAGGUGCAGACAUGUACCCCCAAAUGUUUACACGACUCGGAAUGCAGUGCCAUUGGCGGUAAAUGUUGUCCCAAUCUGUGCAAUGGACGCUCUUGUGUCCAACCAAAUCUCUUAAGUAAUUCUGGCAGCCGUGACACUUCGCCAUUCUCCAGCAAGAACUCCGGCUCCAGUGGUUCGUACUGCGGUAAUGUCAAAUGCAGCUCUUUUGAAAAAUGUGAAUCGGAUCGUUCCACCAAGAGACCCAAAUGUGUGCGUGCCUAAUCGGAUGUGGGGUAGAUGCUAAGCUGUGGUGACAAAUUGCCGAUCAUCUUUCCAAUGAAGGGCAUUCUCUACGUGUUUUUUUUUUUUUUUUUUUUUUUUUUGUUCACCAACAACUUGAUGUAUGUUUUUUUUGAAUAAUAAAACCCGUUUAUUAACAUUUUA